AGUACGUUGGCCUUCCACUGGCAGGCUUCAACUUACAGGAACGAGCUUCACAUACAGCAAUGAUAUCGCAGAAGGUACCCGUAAAUUGCCUCAAAUAUCUCCACGUAAACCCUUUAUCGUGUCCUUGAUAGGCGUCUCUAUCCGUAGCAAGACUUACACAAUGGUAAGAGCAUCGACUUCAACUUGCCAUCUAUGAUUUGGAAUUGUUUGAUCCCUUGUGUACCAUAAGGACCUCCUACACCGAAAGGUCAAUAACAAGACAUGCAUAAACGUUCCUGAUUAUCGUCAUCAUUACGUCGAGAGGCGCAUUCAACUGCUCGAUAUGACGAAAAUAGACCGAGGCGGGUGAGUAUGGAGCUGGCCCCCAUCCGUUCCCGCCAAACAUGAUCGGCAUACAACAAUGACUUUUCUGCUGAACGAGGUGAAGUCGCCCAACGAAGCAUUCAGCUGAUGUCAUAACCGAGUCUUUGCGGAAUCUGGUGCAGUCAGUCCCUUCAUGAAGGUUGGGCAUUCGAAUGACGGCUAGCGGAAGACGGGGGCAUCGCGCUGUCGGAUGCCUAGCUUCGGAUGGGCUCUGACUUCAGACAUGAAUUUCACCACCCUUGUCCUCGCUGUCUUCGCAGCUGUAGUGUCUGUUCACGCUUAUGAUCCUAACGAUCCAAACUCCAACCCCUUUUACAACUCUCAGAAUCGUGAUAACCGCCCUUACGCGAGUAACUACCCCGGAUAUCCUCCCUUCCCAGGAUUUGGGAGCGACGCCGCCCCCUCCCACGCAGCAACCCCAGCUCCAGGCUUCCGCCCCUUUGGUAAUGGCAACAAUCUCAACAGCCCAAAUGGCCUUAACAAUUUUGGUGUUCCCCGCAAACGUGCCAACGGCAACUAUGACUUCUCGGGCAUCAACAACGCAGCCGAUGUGGCAGCAGGUAGUGUCCCAGCUCCGACCCCUGCCCCUGGCCCCGCCCCGGGUGUCUACCCCGGUUAUCCUCCUUUCCCAGGGUUCGGGAGUUCCACGCCUACUACCACCAGCACAACUCCCUUUGCUACUGACACGCCUACUCCCACAUUUGAUAAUGAGGAGGAUGGUUCAUUUGGCAAACGCGGUGUCAAGUUCGCUCGCGCGGAUUAAACUUUUAUCUCAAGUCAUUAGUAUGCCAUGCUGAGAUGUAGUAUAUCCAAGAAUGUAUCGUUACCCUGUUAUUCCUCCUAAUACUUCGUCAUUGCAUAUCUCAUAAUGUGCCCAAUCAUUUCAAUACUCUUCCAUAGGAUUUUUCCCUACUUUACGAAAUUGUAUCAGCCGAAAACGUUUCAUUCCCCCAUCUCAUUUGAAUGCAAAAUGGAAGCGUAGAAGCUGGAAAGGAAAUUGUUCUCCCCCUUCUCUUUUUGGUGGAGCGUGGUGAUACAGACCGUCACUUUUAGUAACUUCAUUCUCGUGACUCUGGUUGCGCGGGAGAAAACAAGUUGGUUUGUGAAAAGGGGAACCUCUCAAUAAACACUUUCUAGCAUA